GCAGCAUCUUCGCUGUCUGAAGAUGUGUGUCAUUUCAGUCACAUUUAUAAAUGCACCGAAAUGCGCUUUCACCGCCAGACUAGCAGUGUGGAUGAUAGUUUGUGUAUUUACGAAUGAAAUACGUACGGAAACAAACUCUAUUUCGGCACGAACAUGUUAUCGUGCAUGUAUUUGUCUGUUUUGUGUCCCGUUGACAAUCAUAACCUUGAUCUAUCCCAGUGUGUAGCAUUUUUGGCACCCGUUCAGCGCAGCGCAACUCAAGUCGCUGACCGUCGAUCUAGCAGAAGCUGUUUGGUUGAAUAUUUCAGUAUUGAAUUUACACUCCUGCGAACUGGACUGAUAAAACCGCUCAGGAAGUGAUGGGCUUUACAUCUCGUAACUGGAUUGUAGCAACGGCCAUGGUGCUGGCCGUAACGUCUGUCUUUGCGGCGCCGGUGCGAAAUUUAGAUUCUGAUCUAAUUUUCUACGAUAAUGCGCGGGAUGACAGUGGAUACAGCUUUGCGUACAAAACUAAGGACGGGCAGUAUCGCGAGGAACAAGGAUACAUCGAUCCGGAAACGGGCAUCUUAAGAGUGACGGGCUUGUAUCGCUUUGAGAGCAACGAUGGUAAGACGUACGAGUACAACUAUGAAGCAGAUGAGAAUGGAUAUCGUAUCGUGCCGAAGCCUCCUCCUGCUGCAUCUCCUAUUUCCAACACGGUGCUACUAUCUCUCGUUGGUUGAAGAGUGCAUCGGUGAAUACUACGGCAGAUGUUUGCUGUGUACGAGGGAAAAAAUAAUUUUGAUUGAUUGAGCAACAUCAAAGAGCUGAAUGUUUUUCGUAAAUAAAGUGCAAAACUGAGAGAAAAAAGUCGUAUUUUUUUGUUUGCAAUUGUAUUAAACAAAAAACAUUCAAUUUUCUGAGGUCUAUUCUAACAUCAUGGAAGGUCAGGUUCACACUUGAUCGCCUUAAUCGCUUAUUGAUGUACAGUUUUUAUACCAAAACCUGCCUUAAAAGCGUGCGCCUUCAUAUGUGCGAAUUACAGGGUUUCUCGAUAAAUACGAAACACGAAAUCAGAAAACAAAAUAUAAUAGAGAAUACAAAAUAUAAGAUCAGAUACGCUUAAAAUCCUCAAAUAUAGCAUCUCACCUUUCCAAGAUAGUGAUCGUUAUUGUUCG